AUGGUAGUGACCAACGAGAGCACGGCAAAGACCCUCCGAGUCCGUGGGAUCCAUGUGGUACAAAGAUGCUACGGCAAGGGGGAGCCAGGACGACAGGUCAAGUGGGGGGUGGUUUCAUCAUCACCCCCCAACAUCGAGAUUGGGUACCAAGCCCCAAGAGCAGUGGAAGAGAAUGAGAGAGCAGCAGACCUGAGAGAGAAGAUCAUGAAGUCCUGGGGGAACUCAACUACCUCCUGCCUGCUAAGGCUAACCAAAGAAAACCUGCUGUCAGAACAUCGCAACAUCCCAGAACAAGACCCAGUAGUCAUCACAACAGCAGAAAUCCAGACAAGACUGUCCAAAAUGAGGAACUGGAUUCAUGCCUACUGGCUUCAGAAGCUAACUGCACUCCAUGAACUCCUAGCAGCACAAAUAAACCAGCUGCUGAAGUCGGAGACCCACCCAGAGUGGCUAACCCAAGGUCGAACAGUCCUCAUCAUGGAGGACCCCCAGAAGGGAACAGUACCAUCCAACUACCGGCCUAUCACCUGCCUCAGCACCACAUGGAAGCUCCUAUUAGGGCACAGAAAAGGGAUUGGCAAUAACACCAGGGGAGCCAAGCACCAACUACUGGUGGACAGGGCAGUCGCCAGAGACUGCGUGGCCAGGAGCACCAACCUGUGCACUGCCUGGAUUGACUACAAGAAAGCCUAUGACUCAAUGCCAUACACAUGGAUACUGGAAUGCUUGAAGCUGUAUAACAUCAACAGGACAUUAAGGACCUUCCUCAAGAACUCAUUGGGGAUGUGGAAGACAACUCUAGAAGCCAAGUCAGAGCCAGUUGCACAUUUCCGAAGUGGAACAACCAUCAGUCACCUCCUCUAUAUGGAUGAUAUCAAGCUGUAUGCCAAGAAUGAGCGUGACAUCGACUCCCUGAUUCACCUCACCACAAUAUACAGCAAUGACAUCGGGAUGUCAUUCGGACGAGAUAAGCGUGGGCAAACGAUAUCCAGAAGAGGGAAGAAACUCAGUGAUGUGCUGGUCCAGAGCUGGGUGGAAGUCCCUCAGGAGAAUAUCCGCCACCUCAUCAGGAGCAUGCCCAGGCGUUACAGGGAGAUUAUGCUCAAUGUUUUUCUUCCAUUUUUCUCUACAGCACCACCACGAUUUACAAAAGUCCCUGUUGACCAGAUAGGUGUCUCUGGGGGCGUGGUGUCCUUUGUUUGCCAGGCGACAGGUGAUCCCAAGCCGAAGGUUAGCUGGAAUAAAAAAGGGAAAAAGGUCAGCUCCCAGCGUAUAGAGAACAUUGAAUUCGACGAAGGUGCUGGCGCGGUACUUCGAAUUCAGCCUCUCCGUGCACCGCGUGAUGAGAACAUCUAUGAAUGUGUGGCAGAGAACAGUGCUGGUGAAAUCACAGUCAAUGCCAAGCUGUCGAUCAUCCGAGAGGACCUACUCCCUACCGGGUUCCCUACCAUUGACAUGGGCCCUCAAUUGAAAGUCGUGGAGCGCACUCGGACAGCAACAAUGCUCUGUGCAGCCAGUGGUAACCCAGACCCAGAAAUCACCUGGUAUAAAGACUUCCUACCCGUUGACCCCAGUGCAAGUAACGGGCGAAUCAAACAGCUACGCUCAGAAACCUUUGAGGGUACCCCAAUUCGAGGUGCCUUGCAGAUUGAGAACAGCGAGGAGACGGACCAAGGAAAGUACGAGUGUGUGGCGUCUAAUUUGGAAGGCGUUCGCUACUCGUCCCCUGCUAACCUCUAUGUGCGAGAGCUUCGAGAAGUCCGGCGGGUCCCUCCUCGCUUCUCCAUUCCGCCAACGAGUCAAGAAAUUAUGCCUGGUGGAAGUGUAAACAUAACAUGUGUGGCAGUGGGGUCCCCCAUGCCUUAUGUUAAGUGGAUGUUGAAUUCAGAGGACUUGACACCAGAGGAUGAGAUGCCUGUGGGUAGGAAUGUUCUUGAACUGAGCAGCGUCCGUGAGUCAGCCAACUACACCUGUGUGGCCAUGAGCAGCCUUGGCAUCAUUGAAGCUGUGGCACAGAUCACUGUCAAAUCGCUUCCGAAGCCUCCAGGUACUCCUGUGGUUACUGAAACCACUGCCACCAGUGUGACUAUCACCUGGGACUCCGGCAACCCUGACCCAGUAACCUAUUAUAUCAUCCAAUAUCGUGCAAAAUCGCCAGAGAGCAAGUAUGAGACCGUGGAUGACAUCACCACUACACGAUACAGCAUUGGUGGCCUCUACCCCAACACAGAGUAUGAAAUUCGUGUCUCAGCUGUCAACACGAUUGGUCAGGGUCCUCCCAGUGAACCGGUGGAAACCAGAACUGGUGAACAAGCCCCUGCAAGUCCACCUCGUAACAUUCAGGCUCAGAUUAUAUCCCAAAACACCAUGAUGGUACGCUGGGAAGAUCCAGAGGAACCAAAUGGGCAGAUUAAAGGCUACCGGGUUUAUUACACCAUGGAUGACUCCCAGCCUAUGAGCCUCUGGCAGAUUCAUAAUGUUCAAGACAGCAUUAUCACCACAAUUCAGAGCCUCGUUCCACAAGAGACCUAUACCAUCAAAGUCCUAGCAUUUACCUCAGUUGGUGAUGGACCCUUCUCAGAGCCAAUCCAUGUCAAAGUGCUGCAAGGAGUCCCUGGCCAACCAUCCAAAUUCCAGGUUGGUGAUGUGUCAGAUACCAGCAUUGAACUGACCUGGGAACCAGCCUUUGACAAAGAAGGAAUUAUAAAUUAUGAACUCCGCUACACCGAGGGGAGUUUUGGCUCUCAGAUCAAGAAAACAUUUGGACCCACGUCUUCAUACAUUGUUGAAGGUCUCCGCCCAAACACAGAGUAUCACUUCUCCCUGGCUGCUAUCUCUAACAAGGGCAUUGGGGCGUUUACCAAUGACAUGUCACAGAAGACCUUGCAAGCCAAGCCCUCAGCCCCCCCUCAAGACAUUAAGUGCAGCAGCACUAGUUCCACCACAUUGCUGGUAAGUUGGCACCCCCCGCCAUUGAAGAGUCAGAAUGGUCUACUGGCGGGGUAUAGGGUGCGCUACCAGGUGGUGGAACAAUCAGAGGGAAUCAGUGACGAUGUGGAGCCAAUGGAGGAGCCAACUGUGCCUGCCACCGAAGAACAGGUGCUGCUGCAGCGGUUGGAUAAAUGGACACAGUAUCGCAUCACUGUGUCUGCUUUCACGGUUGUUGGGCCGGGCCCUGAAAGCGAGCCGUUAAUCUGCCGGACCGAUGAAGACGUUCCUGGAAGCCCUCCAAGGCGAGUAGAAGUGGAGGUCUUAAACUCCACUGCCCUUAAAGUCAUGUGGCGUUCUCUGAUGCCAGGAAAGCAGCACGGUCAAAUCCGUGGCUACCAGGUCCACUAUGUCCGUGUGGAGAAUGGGGAGUCCAGGGGCCUGCCCCUCAUCAAGGAUGUCAUGCUAGCUGAUGCGCAGUGGGAAACGGACGAUACAGCUGAAUAUGAAAUGGUUAUUGGAGGUCUCAAGCCGGACACUACUUACUCCAUUACUGUAGCGGCAUACACCACCAAAGGUGAUGGAGCACGGAGCAAACCCAAACUUGUAGUGACCAAAGGUGCAGUGCCUGGUCCACCCAUUUUGUCAGUGACUCAGGAGUCGGAAACAACAGCUCUUGUACGUUGGGACCCACCAGAUCUAAAAAAUGGCAUGGACCUGCAAGGUUACAGGCUCCAGUUUGGUCGUAAAGAUGUAUCACCUUUAGCCACAUUAGAAUUUUCUCCCCAAGAACGGCAGUACUCCUUGGGCAACAUUCACCGGGGAGCCACCUACCUAUUUAAACUAUCGGCCAAAAGCAGAGGCGGCUUUGGAGAGGAAGCUGAUGUGGAACUUGGUGUUCCAGAAAAUACACCAGGGGGAUAUCCUCAAAUGAAUGAAGGUUCUAAUGUGACUUGUUGCUCGGUGCAACUGUCUUGGUCACCACCAGUUCUGGCAGAGAGGAAUGGUGUGAUCACUGAGUAUACAUUGGCCUAUAAAGAAGCUGGUUCCGGAGGAUUACAAAGAGAGCUCCAGCUACUCCCAAACUUAUCAAGCUACGUACUCAACAACCUCAAACCAAAUUCUGCGUAUGAUGUGAGAAUUCGUGCACACACCAUUGUAGGUCCUGGCCCCUACAGCCCACCUAUCCAGUAUCGGACGGUGGCCUAUGAUCCAACAGAUGUUCCAAAGAACUUUACCAUCAAGUGGGCAACCAAGACAACAGUGGUCCUUGCAUGGAAGUUUUCUGAAAGCAGGUCUGCAUACAAAUGCACGAUUGAAUACAACCGUCAGAAGAUGGAGGUAGAUGCUAGGAAGCUAAGGGUGUUUAUAACUGGCCUAAGGCACAAUACCACCUAUGAGUUCAGAGUAACCUGCCAAGAAAGUAUGGAUGGUGGACCAAGACACCGUGUUGUGGCCAGGACUGCACCCCUUAUUCUGGCCAAGCAACCGAAGCUGGACAUCUAUGAGGAGCCUGACAAUAUUCUUACCAUGUCAUUUCCACCAGUUGAUGGCAAAGAUGUCAAGAAUUUCUACGUAGUUGUGGUUCCACUGAAAAGAACCACGGGGACUGUUAAAAAUCUAAAGACUCCUGACGAAAUGGACAUGGAAGAGCUGUUGAGUGAAGUGAUCCCUAAGCGCCGGUCACGUCGUCAGCUGAGCCAGUUGGACCAGUGGAAACCUUACAUCAUUGCCUGCUUCCGGCAGCUUCCCUCCAGCUUCACUGUGGGCUCUGACCAUCGGCAGAGCAGUUGUGAGAACAAGGGUCUUGAACCUGGCCAGGAGUAUGUCUUCUUCCUCAUGGCAGAACUUAAUGCUACAGCCGGGAAAAUGUUUGCAACCAGUCCUUACACUAAAACAGUGUUGACUCCUGAGCAAGUGCAUGACCCACAACCUGUUGAGACUGGCGGCGAUGGCCUGAUUUGGGUAGUAGGCCCAGUCCUUGCUGUGGUUUUCAUCAUCUGCAUUGUCAUCGCAAUCCUUCUCUAUAAAAACAAACCUGACAGUCGCAAGAGAAAAGAAUCAGAACCACGCACAAAAUGCCCGCUGAACAACGCAGACAUCACGCCGCACCAUCCUACCGAUCCUGUGGAAAUGAGACGGAUCAACUUCCAAACACCAGAUUCUGGUCUAAACAGUCCUCAGAGUGCAGCUGAAAUUGAAUAUGAAAGUAUGAUGAAUCACCCUCCCAUUCCCAUCUCCGAACUGGCUGAACACACAGAGCUUCUCAAAGCCAACGACAACCUGAAACUCUCCCAAGAAUAUGAGUCCAUUGAUCCAGGCCAGCAGUUCACCUGGGAACACUCUAACCUGGAGGUGAACAAGCCCAAAAAUCGUUACGCCAAUGUCAUUGCCUAUGACCACUCCCGUGUCAUCCUGGCACCCAUUGAUGGGAUUACAGGUAGUGACUACAUCAAUGCCAACUACAUCGAUGGCUAUAGGAAGCAGAAUGCAUACAUUGCCACCCAGGGUCCUUUACCAGAAACAUUUGGAGACUUCUGGAGGAUGGUGUGGGAGCAGAGAGCUGCCACAGUGGUGAUGAUGACCAAACUGGAGGAGAAGUCACGGAUAAAAUGUGACCAGUACUGGCCCAGUCGUGGCACAGAAACCUAUGGUAUGACCCAAGUGACUCUGCUGGACACGAUAGAAUUGGCCACUUUUUGUGUACGCACCUUCUCUUUGCACAAGAAUGGAUCCAGUGAGAAACGUGAAGUUCGUCAGUUCCAGUUCACAGCGUGGCCUGACCACGGUGUGCCGGAAUACCCCACCCCAUUCUUGGCCUUCCUACGUAGGGUCAAGACAUGUAACCCACCUGAUGCUGGACCAAUCAUCGCCCACUGCAGUGCUGGGGUUGGUCGGACGGGUUGUUUCAUUGUCAUUGACGCCAUGCUCGAGCGAAUCAAGCACGAGAAGACUGUAGACAUUUAUGGCCAUGUGACACUGAUGCGCUCACAGCGGAACUACAUGGUGCAAACAGAGGACCAGUACAGCUUCAUUCAUGAUGCAUUGCUAGAAGCAGUGGCUUGUGGAAACACCGAGGUGGCUGCCCGCAGCCUGUACUCAUACAUCCAGAAGCUGGCCCAGGUAGAGAGUGGCGAACACGUCACUGGAAUGGAGCUUGAAUUCAAGCGUUUGGCCAACUCCAAAGCCCACACGUCACGCUUCAUUAGUGCCAACCUCCCCUGCAACAAGUUCAAGAAUCGCCUGGUAAACAUCAUGCCCUAUGAGACCACACGUGUCUGCCUGCAACCAAUCAGAGGCCUGGAAGGAUCUGACUACAUUAAUUCCAGCUUUAUUGAUGGAUACAGGCAACAGAAAGCCUACAUUGCCACACAGGGCCCUCUGGCAGAAACUACAGAGGAUUUCUGGAGGAUGCUGUGGGAGAACAACUCCACCAUUGUAGUCAUGUUGACCAAACUGAGGGAGAUGGGAAGGGAAAAGUGUCACCAGUAUUGGCCAGCAGAGCGUUCUGCUAGGUAUCAGUACUUUGUGGUGGACCCCAUGGCUGAGUAUAACAUGCCUCAGUACAUCCUACGAGAGUUCAAGGUCACAGAUGCCAGGGAUGGCCAAUCCAGGACAGUAAGACAGUUCCAGUUUACCGACUGGCCAGAGCAAGGUGUUCCAAAAUCUGGCGAGGGUUUCAUUGAUUUUAUUGGCCAGGUGCAUAAAACCAAGGAACAGUUUGGACAGGAUGGACCAAUCUCUGUCCAUUGCAGUGCUGGUGUGGGGCGGACUGGAGUCUUCAUCACCCUCAGCAUCGUCCUGGAGCGAAUGCGUUACGAAGGUGUUGUUGAUAUCUUCCAGACAGUGAAGAUGCUCCGGACACAGAGGCCAGCAAUGGUCCAAACUGAGGAUGAGUACCAGUUCUGCUAUCACGCCGCUCUGGAGUACUUAGGAAGCUUUGAUCACUAUGCAACGUAA